AUGGAGGGUACGCUUUUGGAGGCGGUUCGAUGCAGCGAUGCCCAGGAAGUUGCACGAAUUUUAGCGGCGGGUGCCGAUCCCAAUGAGCCAGAUGAGCUGGGAGAGACACCAAUCUUUGAGGCCACAGCGGUGGGACAUGCCAACAUCGUAGCGCUCCUGCUGAUGUCUCGGGCUGAUCCGGACUAUCGAUCACCACAGGGCAUGGUGGCGCGACAGAUGGCAUUGGAGCCAGCGGCCUUGCUAUUAGACUUGUGCUCAGGCCGCCGCAGUGAUGCAGCCUCCUGGGACGAGGGCUUAGCGCACCUUUCCGGGCCCCUGCGCGCGCCCUUUGCGCGGCAGUUCCAGAAGACCGGCGAGGAGCCCAAUGCCGAUGGUGAAGAUCAGGAUCCCUUCGUGCAGCAUGAGAAUCUUCCAGGUUCACCUGGGUCACCUGAGUCACCUGGGCCAGCUGUGUUCGAGGAUGGGAAGCAGGAAGAAGUUGAUGGAAGUACCUUUGAUCCAAAGAUGGAAGACUCCCCAAAGAACCAACAGCCUGGAUUGGAACCUUUGGAGCCCGUGAACGAAGGUGCCACCGUCCCAGCUGCAGAGAGGGAUUUAGAGAGGCAGGAAGUAGAUUCGAGGCAGUUGGACAAUGAACUUUUGGAGACUCCAGCUGAUCCUUCAGCUGCGGCCCAAAAAAAUCAAGAGGCCAAGGAUGAAGCCCCAGAGGACGAAUUCCCAGCCAAUGGCACUGAUGUGGAUGUGGGUACCCCGCAUGUUGUGCUUCACUCCCCCAUGAUCGCAGUACGCCGAGAGCCUUGCACGCGUUCGGUGGUGCUGAGGUACAUGCGACCUGGAGAAAAGAUUGCUCUGGCUGAGUGGGAUGCGACGCACCAGUGGCGCCGGGCCUUUGGGGAGGAUGCCUGGGUACCUGUAAGGCAUCCCACCCUUGGAACGCUGGCACGACCUGAGGGAUCCGGCAAGGAUCAAAUGAACGGGACCCACGGCAAGGGCGGCGACAUGAACGCAUCGGUCCAAGAGGUCUGGAGACAGCUUUAUGAAGGAGGGAUCCUGAAUAUCCCACCCCCCAAUGGGCACAAUGCCUCCUCAGUAGCCAGCCAAGCAUUGGUGGAAGCUGCAACAACCGGCCGAGCGCAGACGAUUCAGGGGGAGAAGGCCUUAGCAUCCUUGGACGUGGCGACUGUUGAGUAUGUCAUGACUGCAGCCCUCCAGCAUUUGCAGGUCCAGAACUGAAGCGCCAGCAGUGGCGACCCACCCGGUUGAGGUAGUAUGGGUCUAUUGCAUCAGUCAAUGUCAAUGUGGUGCUA